AUGAAGCUUGUCCUGAGCGCCUCGUCGGCGACGGCCCCUUCGCACGUCGCGACCGACGGCUUUGCGUGUCCGGCUUCCUCCGCUCCCGCAGAGGCGGCGGCUGUCGGUUCUGCCUCUCUGGGGCCAAAUGUUUGGAAGAACGGGAUUGAGAAGCGAGAUGUGGCGGAAGCGCUUGCCACAGGCUCUGGCGUGUCUCUCACAGCCUCCAGCGAGUUUUUGCGGCUAGCAUCCUCGACCGCGAAGGAGCACGUCUCCUGUGCUUCCGCAGUUACUUCACAAGGCGGACUGCCGGCGUAUGGGCAACCAAGGGACACAGGUAGCGGAAGAACUGCCGCUUCGGGGGGGGGCUUCCCUAGAACGUCGUUUCCUUCUGCAGCGCCGCCGUCGUUUUCUAAGACGGUCCCGGGACAGUCUGCGAUGGGUGUCGGCGCAGCAGCCGGCAAGUCGAGCGCCCUGCAGUCGAAUUUCUCGACUCUUCUCGACAAACAGUAUGGGCCACCGUCUUCUCAAACGAAACUGAGUCAGCCUCCGUCGUUCACAACUCUCUCGCAUGCCGACAGCCUGUCAACGGCUGCUGGGGAAGAGGAGGAAAGCGAGUUCGACAGUCUCUCCCCGCUGCGUGGGGCGCCGUGCGGCGUACCCCCUCGAGAGAAAAACGCAGAUUCCACCGGCUUGUGUGGUGCUCCAAAAGUCACCCUCCAUCCCCAGGACACAGGCUACGAAACAGGGUCGGUCCUUUCUUCGGACCUUUCCUUUCUCAAAACCGGAAGAUGCGCUGAAAGGGGAAACCGAUAUCCGGCCAUGGCUCCCUCUAGCCUUGUCAGUGAUGCUGUGUCUGUACACCUCGCCGCGAGAAGCAGCUCUUCCUCUGGUCGCCUCUCGCAGCAUGACAGCGGCCAGAUAACUGGAGAGAAACCAGCAACAAGCACCGCGGGAAGCGCCACACGGACGGUGCUCGCAAGCUCAUCAGCCUCAUCAACAGCCGAGGGUCAGAGUUGUCGGCUGUAUCAGGAGCCCCUCUCGAGAACAGAAGUUCUCCUGAACAAGCAAGCAGAAGACUUUGAGCAAAACCCAGUCGAGGGUUUCUUCGCUGACGACAGCGCAACCUUUGAUUUUGAGGAAGAAGGGGUUUUUGGACAAGACUUUCUGCAUCCCAAAGUCAAGGACGGACUGUUCAUCGGAAACCAAUUUGUCGCCGGGGACAGAGACUUCCUGGCGGCCAACAAAAUCACCCACGUGAUCAAUUGUAGCUGCCUAGACACUUCAAACUUUUUCGCCGCCGACGCGGACCUACAGAUCUCCUACCUCUCGCUGCCGUGGCCAGAGCAAGGAACUCUCCAUCGCCUCCUCGGCGCAGAUGGACUGCUGUCGAAAGAGAUAUUCAACUUCAUCGAAACUAGUCAGGCGCUCUGCGAAGGCUGUUUGGUUCACUCCGUCCGAGGCCACUCCCGGGCCGCCACGGUCCUGCUCGCCUACCUCAUGCAAAAAUAUUCUUGGUCUCUCUCCAAGGCGAAGGAGUUUUUCACUUCGCCGCGGCCAGGACUGGACAUGCGCGCUGAACACAUCGAGCAGCUGCAGCAGUUGGAACGCAGUCUCUCUCGCGUGCAAGGCGUCGUGCUAUCGAAAGCGUGGACCAAAGGACUCAGGCGCUCAGACGGCGACGAGGAGCUGUUGCUGGCGAACACCUACCUCAACUCGCUGCUCAAGACCGACUUGCAGACUUUUGCCGCUGAAGCGCUUCCCCCAGGCUCCUCCGAGCCCGCCGCACACACCGCACAGCCCGAUAUGAAGAAACGCGCGUUGCGCUGGCUCGACGAAGAGCGGCCUGGGGCCCCUGCCGGCGACGCGAGACCCGCGCAGCGUCAAGGAACCCGCAAGUCUAUCCUUAAGAGUCCUGUGACCUCCAAGAUCGGUAGCGGCAACUCCUCAAGUGGAUGCACGCGACUCAACACCGGCGUAGUAAGCGUCCGGCGCGGUGAGCCAGGCGCCCAAACGGCGGCCGCGGGUCUGGGCGCGGCCCGGAGGCGCGCCUGGAGCGAGGCGAGCAGCACAGGGUCAUCCUUUGCCUCUCUCAGUCCGUUGAGAGGGAGAGAGCUGCCCCACGAGGUGGAAAAAGCGAGAGAAAAAGCGGCGUUCGACUGCGGCGCCCAGUCCCUCCUUCAGUGGUCGCGAUCUACGUGCCUGGCGGAUCGUGCGCAGCGCGGCUCUCUGCAUUUUUCUCCGAAGCUCGCCACGGCGCCUGCAGGCAGCGGGACCCGCGCCGCGUCGUCUGCAGCGCGCGAGUGCGAAACGGUCGCGCCCGCGCAGCAGCUGAACAAGGAGUUCUCUCUCUGCCUCAACGCAGUGUCUACUCACAAGCCCAGCACCCGGCGAGUCGGCACUCUAGAAGACAGCGGGCGGCCCUUCGGACCGCGAAACUUGGUGACUGCAAGACUCAGCGGAGGUGCGGCCCUCGGAGGCCCCGUGGAACGGCGAUGA